AUGCUCAUCCUCAUCGUCUUCCUCAUCGUCCUCUCCGCCUACUUCGCCUACCUCCUCUGCUGCUACGCCGUCCUCGAGGGCCCCAUCGGCCGCUCCAUCGGCCGCUCCACCGCCCGCUCGCUCCACCGACUCGCCUCCCCUCCUCCCCGCGGCCUCGACCCCGCCGUCGUCGAGACCUUCCCGACCGCCGCCUACUCCGCCGUGAAGGGGCACCGGAUCGGCGACGCAUCACUGGGGUGCGCCGUGUGCCUGGAGGACUUCGAGGAUGGGGACGUGCUCCGCCUGAUCCCCGAGUGCGACCACGCCUUCCACCCCGACUGCAUCGGCGCGUGGCUCGCCUCCCACACCUCCUGCCCCGUCUGCCGCGCCCACCUCGCGUCGCGGCCCGCCGGCGACUUGGAAAGUCAACAGGCCGAGUCGAGCACCGAGGUGGAGGUGAUCGUCGAGGCGGCUUCGCCGGAUGCCAGCACGCCGGAGAGGAGCCAGCGAGAAGGCGGAGGAGAGGGAAUCCAGCUGCCAGGACCAUGGGACAUGAACGAGAGCGGCAGUUUCAGCUAUUGCGAUCGGAGACGUGGCUUCGGCAUGAUGCCGAGGUUUCCUCGCUCGCACUCGACUGGGCACUCGCUGGUCCGACCGGGGAGGACACCGAACGUUUCGCGCUGCGGCUGCCGGCCGAGGUGA